AUGAAGUGGAAGCGACCGUUUGUCACGGAGCAGGCCAGCACACAUACACAGCUGUGUAAGAGGCCACACACCACACACACACAACAAACAGACACACAUCACACACACACACACAACCAAAAACAUUAUUCUUAUUCAGCUCAUAUUAGGAUCCCCAUUAGUUCCGGCCAGGCGCAGCUACUCUUCCUGGGGUUUAUUAUGGAUCCCCAUUAGUUCCGGCCAAGGGCAGCAGCAUCUUCCUGGGGGUUAUUAUGGAUCCCCAUUCCUAAAGGUCAGCAGCUAAUUCUUUCCGGGGGUGUAUUAUGAUCCCCAUUAGUUCUGCCAAGGCGCGGUACUCUUCUGGGGUUGUGGUUAUAUGGUCCCCAAGUAGUUCUGCCCAAGGCGCGGCUAAUCUUCUGGGGGUUUUAUGGAUCCCAAUUAGGUCCUGCCAGGCACAGCUACUCUUCCUGGGGUAUUAUGGAUCACCAUUAGUUCAUGCCACGGCAGAAGCUACUUCUUCAUGGGGUUUAUUAUGGAUCCCCCAUUAGUUCCUGCCAAGGCGCAGCUACUUCCUGGGGUUUAGUAUGGAACCCCAUAGUUCCUGCCAAGCAAGCAGCUACUCUUCUGGGGCAUUUAUUAUGGAUCCCAAUUAGUCUGCCAAGGCGCAAGUCUUUACUCUUCUAGGGUUUUAUUUAUGGAUCCCCAUAAGUUCCUGCCAAGGCAGCAGCUUACUCUUCUGGGGUUUAUAUGGAUCCCCAUUAGGUUCAUGCAAGGCAGCAGUACUCUUCCUGGGGUUUAUUAUGGAAUCCCCCUUGUUCUGCCAAAGGCAGCAGCUACUUUAAUGGGGUUUAUUAGGAUCCCCAUUAGUCCUGUCAACGGCAGAAGCCUACUCUUCCUGGAGUGUAGUAUGGAUCCCCCAUUAGUUUCCUGCAAAGGCAGCAGACUCUUCCUGGGGAUGAUUAUGGUCCCCAUUAGUUCUACCAAGGCAGCAGCUACUCUCCUGGGGUUUAUUAUGGUCCCCCUUAGUUCAUUGCCAAGGCCGCAAAGCUACUGCUUCCUGGGGUUUAUUAUGGAAACCCCAUUAGUUCUGCCCAACAGGCAGCAGUACUCUUCCUGGGGUUUAUUAUGGAACACCAUUAGUUCCUGCAAGGCAGCAGUACUCUCCAUGGGGUUUAAUUAUGGACCCCUUCGUUCCGCCAAGGGGCGCAGCUACUCCUUCCGGGGUUUAUUAUGGGACCCCAUUAGUUCCUGCCAAGGCAGCGAUACUUUCAUGGGGUUUAUUAUGGAUCCACAUUAGUUCUGCCAAGGCAGCAGCUACUCUUCCUGGGGUUUUUAUUAUGGAUCCCAUUCGUUCCGCCAGGCAGCAGCUACUCUUCCUGGAGUUUAGUAUGGAUCCCCAUAAGUUCCUGCCAAGGCAGCAGGCUACUCUUCCUGGGGUUUUAGUAUGGAUCCCAAUUGUUCUGCCAAGGCAGCAGAUACUCUCCCCUGGGGUUUAUGAUGGAUCCCAAUGAGUUCUGCCAAGGCAGCAGUAAUCUUCCGGAUUUAUUAUGGAUUCCCCAUGGUUCCUGCCAAGCAGCAGCUAAUCUUCCUGGGGUUUAUUAAUGGAUCCCCAUUAGUUUCUGCCAAGGCAGCAGCUUACUCUUCUGGGGUUUAUUAUGGAUCCCCCAUUAGUUCCUGCCAAUGGCAGCAUGCUACUCUUCCUGGGGUUUAUUAUGGAUCCCAUUAGUUCAUGCCAAGGCAGCAGCAGCUACUAUUCAUGGGAGUUUAUUAUGGAUCCCCAUUAGUUCCUGCCAAGGCAGCCGCUACUCUUCCUGGGGUUAUUAUGGAUCCCCAUUAGUUCCUGCCAAGGCAGCAGCUUAUUUCUGGGUUUAUUAGGAUCCCCAUUAGUUCCUGCCAUGGCAGCAGUACUCUUCUGGGGUUUAGUAUGGAUCACCAUUAGUUUCCUGCCCCAAGGCAGCAGCUCUCGUCAUGGGGUAUUAUGGAUCCCCAUUAGUUCCUGGCCAAGCAGCAGCGCUCUCCUGGGUUAUUAUGGAUUCCCCAUUCGUUCCUGCAAGGCAGCAGCUUACUCUUCUGGGGUUUAUAUGGUCCCAUUAGUUCCUGCCAAGGCACGAGGCUACUCUCCUGGGGGUUUAUUAUGGAUCCCCAUUAGUUCCGCCAAGGCAGAGCAGCUACUCUUCUGGGGUUUAUUAUGGAUCCCCAUAGUUCCUGCCAAGGCAGCGCUACUAUUCCUGGGGGUUUAUAGGAUCCCCUUAGUUCCGGCCAAGGGAAGCUACUCUUCCUGGGGUUUAUAUGGAUCCCCAUUAGUUCCUGCCCAUGGCAGGCAGCGUUACUCAUUCCUGGGGUUAUUAUGGAUCCCCAUUAGGUUCCUGCCAAGGCCAGCAGAUACUCUCAUGGGGUUAUAUGGAUCCCCAUUAGUUCCUGCCAAGGCAGCAGCUGCUCUUCCUGGGUUUAUAUGGAUCACCAUUAGUUCCUGCCAAGGGCAGCAGCUACUCAUCCUGGGGGUGAUUUGGAUCCACAUUAGUUCCUGCAAGGCCAGAGGCUAAUCUUCCUGGGUUUAUUAUGGAUCCCUCAUUAGUCCUGCCAAGCAGCGGGCUACUCUUCCUGGGGUUAUUAGGAUACCCAUUAGUUCCUGCCAAGAGGCAGCAGAUACUCUUCUGGGGUUGAUUAUGGAUCCCCAUUAGUUUCCUGCCAAAGGCAGGCAGCUACUCUUCGGUUUUAUUAUGGAUCCCCAUUAGUUCCUGCCCAAGGCAGACAGAUACUCUUCCUGGGGUUUAUUAUGGAUCCCUCAUUAGUUCCUGCCAGGCAGCAGCUACUUUCCUGGGGUUUAUUAGGAUUCUCCAUUAGUCCUGCCAAGGUCAGCCCGCUACUCUUACUGGGGUAUUAUGGAUCCCAUUAGUUCCUGCCAAGGCAGCAAGUACUCUUCCUGGGGUUUAAUGGAUCCCCUUUAGUUCCUGCCAAGGCAGCGGGCUACUCUUCUGGGGGUUUAUAUGGAUACCCAUUCGUCUGCCAAAUGGCAGCAGCUACUCUUCCUGGGGUUUAUUAUGGAUCCCCCAUUAGUCCUGCCAAGGCCCCAGCAGCUACUCUUCCUGGGUUAUUAUGGAUCCCCAUAGUUCCUGCCAAGGCAGCAGCUACUCUUCCUGGGGUUUAUAGGAUCCCCAUUAGUUCAUGCCAAGGCAGCAGCGAAUCUUCCUGGGGUUUAUAUGGUCCCCAUUAGUUCCUGAUAAGGCAGAGGCUACUCUGCCUGGGUUUAUUAGGAUCCCCAUUAGUUCCGCCGAAGGGCAGAGCAGCUUACUCUUCCUGGGGUUUAUUAGGAUCCCACUUAGCAGGUCCUGCCAAGCCGCAGCUUACUCUUCCUGGGGUUUAAUUAUGAUCCCCAUUAGUUCCUGCCAAGGCCAGCACGCUACUCUUCCUGGGGUUUAUUAUGGGAAUCCCCAUUAGUUCUGUCAAGGCAGCAGAUACUCUUCCUGGGGUUUAUUCUGGAUCCCCAUUAGUUCCUGCAAGGCAGCAGCUACCUCCGGGGGUUUAUUAUGGAUCCCCCAUUAGUUCCCAUGCCAAGGGCAGCAGUGCUCUCCUCGGGUUCCAGCAAAAUUAAGGCAGUUAUACAAUUUCAAAAACAUUACAAUACAUUCACAACAGAUUUCACAAAACAUUGAGUGUGUGCCCUCCGGUCUCUACUCUACUACCACAUAUCAUAUCAAAAAUCCAUGUACAAAAUGUGUGUAUAGUGUGUAUGUUUUCGUGUGUGUGUGUAUGUUUGUUUUGCUUCACAGUCCCCGCUGUUCAUAAGGGCCUGUAGGACCUGCCUUGUUUAUAACAUUGUAAGAAGGCAGAGCAGCACUUUAUUAUGGACAGACUUCUCUCCCAUCUUAGCUACUGUUGCAUCAAUAUGUUUUGACCAUGACAGUUUACAAUCCAGGGUUACUCCAAGCAGUUUAGUCACCUCAACUUGCUCGAUUUCCACAUUAUUCAUUACAAGAUUUUGUUGAAGUUUAGGGUUUAGUGAAUGAUUUGUCCCAAAUACAAUGCUUUUAGUUUUAGAAAUAUUUAGGACUAAUUUAUUCCUUGCCACCCAUUCUGAAACUAACUACAACUCUUUGUUAAGUGCUGCAGUCAUUUCAGUCGCUGUAGUAGCUGACGUGUAUAGUGUUGAGUCAUCCGCAUACAUAGACACUCUGGCUUUCCUCAAAGCCAGUGGAAUGUCGUUAGUAAAGAUUGAAAAAAAGUAAGGGGCCUAGACAGCUGCCCUGGGGAAUUCCUGAUUGUACCUGGAUUAUGUUGUAGAGGCUUCCAUUAAAGAACACCUCUGUGUUCUGUUAGACAGUUAACUCUUUAUCCACAUUAUAGCAGGGGGUGUAAAGCCAUAACACAUACGUUUUUCCAGCAUCAGACUAUGAUCGAUAAUGUCAAAAGCUGCGCUGAAGUCUAACAAAACAGCUCCCACAAUUUUUUAAAUCAUCAAUUUCCAAUCAUCAGUCAUCUGUGUAAGUGCUGUGCUUGUUGAAUGUCCUUCCCUAUAAGCGUGCUGAAAGCCUGUUGUCAAUUUGUUUACUGUAAAAUAGCAUUGUAUCUGGUCAUACACCAUUUCUUCCAAAACUUUACUAAGGGUUGGUAACAGGCUGAUUGGUCAGCUAUUUGAGCCAGUUAAGGGGGCUUUAUUAUUCUUAGGUAGGGGAAUCACUUUUGCUUCCCUCCAGGCCUGGGGGCACACACUUUCUAGUAGGCUUAAAUUGAAGAUAUGGCAAAUAGGAGUGGCAAUAUCGUCCGCUAUUGUCCUCAGUAAUUUUCCAUCCAAGUUGUCAGACUACGGUGGCUUGUCAUUGUUGAUAGACAACAAUUUUUUCACCUCAUCCACACUCACUUUAAGGAAUUCAAAAUUUCAACGCUUGUUUUUCAUAAUUUGGUCAGAUAUACAGUGAGGGAAAAAAGUAUUUGAUCCCCUGCUGAUUUUGUAUGUUUGCCCACUGACAAAGAAAUGAUCAGUCUAUAAUUUUAAUGGUAGGUUUAUUUGAACAGUGAGAGACAGAAUAACAACAACAAAAAUCCAGAAAAACGCAUGUCAAAAAUGUUAUAAAUUGAUUUGCAUUUUAAUGAGGGAAAUAAGUAUUUGACCCCCUCUCAAUCAGAAAGAUUUCUGGCUCCCAGGUGUCUUUUAUACAGGUAACGAGCUGAGAUUAGGAGCACACUCUUAAAGGGAGUGCUCCUAAUCUCAGCUUGUUACCUGUAUAAAAGGACAGGUGUCCACAGAAGCAAUCAGUCAAUCAGAUUCCCAAACUCUCCACCAUGGCCAAGACCAAAGAGCUCUCCAAGGAUGUCAGGGACAAGAUUGUAGACCUACACAAGGCUGGAAUGGGCUACAAGACCAUAGCCAAGCAGCUUGGUGAGAAGGUGACAACAGUUGGUGCGAUAUUCGCAAAUGGGAAGAAACACAAAAGAACUGUCAAUCUCCCUCGGCCUGGGGCUCCAUGCAAGAUCUCACCUCGUGGAGUUGCAAUGAUCAUGAGAACGGUGAGGAAUCAGCCCAGAACUACACGGGAGGAUCUUGUCAAUGAUCUCAAGGCAGCUGGGACCAUAGUCACCAAGAAAACAAUUGGUAACACACUACGCCGUGAAGAACUGAAAUCCUGCAGCACCCGCAAGGUCCCCCUGCUCAAGAAAGCACAUAUACAGGCACGUCUGAAGUUUGCCAAUGAACAUCUGAAUGAUUCAGAGGAGAACUGGGUGAAAGUGUUGUGGUCAGAUGAGACCAAAAUCGAGCUCUUUGGCAUCAACUCAACUCGCCAUGUUUGGAGGAGGAGGAAUGCUGCCUAUGACUCCAAGAACACCAUCCCCACCGUCAAACAUGGAGGUGGAAACAUUAUGCUAAGGGGACAGGACAACUUCACUGCAUCAAAGGGACGAUGGACUGGGCCAUGUACCGUCAAAUCUUGGGUGAGAACCUCCUUCCCUCAGCCAGGGCAUUGAAAAUGGGUCGUGGAUGGGUAUUCCAGCAUGGCAAUGACCCAAAACACACGGCCAAGGCAACAAAGGAGUGGCUCAAGAAGAAGCACAUUAAGGUCCUGGAGUGGCCUAGCCAGUCUCCAGACCUUAAUCCCAUAGAAAAUCUGUGGAGGGAGCUGAAUGUUCGAGUUGCCAAACGUCAGACUCGAAACCUUAAUGACUUGGAGAAGAUCUGCAAAGAGGAGUGGGACAAAAUCCCUCCUGAGAUGUGUGCAAACCUGGUGGCCAACUACAAGAAACGUCUGACCUCUGUGAUUGCCAACAAGGGUUUUGCCACCAAGUACUAAGUCAUGUUUUGCAGAGGGGUCAAAUACUUAUUUCCCUCAUUCAAAUGUUGUUGUUAUUCUGUCUCUCACUGUUCAAAUAAACUUACCAUUUAAGAUUAUAGACUGAUCGUGUCUUUGUCAGUGGGAAAACGUACAAAAUCAGCAGGGGAUCAAAUACUUUUUUCCCUCACUGUACUUGGAUGUGUAGUGUCAGCGUUUGUUGCUGGCAUGUCAUGCCCAAGUUAGCUAAUCUUGCCAAUUUAAAAAAUCAUUAAAGUAGUUGUCAAUAUCAGUGGGUUUUGUGAUGAAUGAACCAUCUGAUUCAAUGAAUAAUGGGAGCUGAGUUUGCCUUCUUACCCAACAUUUCAUUUGAAGCUGCUCCAAAAGCUUUUUACUGUCAUACACAAAAAAAUAAAAAUAAUUAUGCACGCAUGACUGUAAGUGACUUUGGAUAAAAGCGUCUGCUAAAUGGCUUAUUAUUAUUAUUAUUAUUAUUAAUAUUUAUGUCAUUUAUCUUGUGUGUGUUUUAGGCCCACUCUGUACGUAGGGAAGCUGGACUCUCAUCUUUAUGCCUCCACCUCUCUGGUUCACGACGGAGUCUCUUUAGUGGUCAGUACAGCUGUCAAAUCAACAGCAAAUAUACACUGAGUGUACAAAACAUUAAGAACACCUGCUCUUUUUUUAUAACAGACUGACCAGGUGAAUCCAGGUGAAAGCUAUGAUCCCUUAUUGAUGUCACUUGUUAAAUCCACUUCAAUUCAGUGUAGAUGAAAGGGGAGGAGACAGGUUAAAGAAGGAUUUUUAAGCCUUGAGACAAUUGAGAAAUUGAUUGUGUAUGUGUGCCAUUCAGAGGGUGAAUUGGCAAGACAAAAUAUUGAAGUGCCUUUGAAUGGGGGGGUAUGGUAGUAGGUGCCAGGUGCACCGGUUUGUGUCAAGAACUGCAACGCUGCUGGGUUUUUCACGCUCAACAGUUUUCCUGUGUUGUAUUCAGAAUGGGUCCACCUACCCAAAGGGACAUUCCAGCCAACUUGACACAACGUGGGAACGUAUUGGAGUAGUAAAUGUCAGGAUCCCUGUGGCAAUGCUUUGACCACCUUUAGAGUCCACGCCCUGACGACUUGAGGCUGUUAGGAAGGUGUUCCUAAAUGUUUUGUAUACUCAAUGUAACAACACCAGCAACCAAUCAGCAUGUCAAACAACACACGAAAACCAUAACAGUAAAAACCCCCCAAAACACACACAGCAACCAAUCAGCAUGUGUUUUAGUCCAGUACGUGAUGUCAAAUAAACACCUUUUUAUCAGACUGUUUUUGAAAAACUUCUUUCUCUCUGAAUUUGAUUGGCUGAUUCUUUGAUGUGUUGAUUGAUGUGUUGCCAUGGCAGGCCGCGGGGCUUGACGCUGGCGCGUUUACGAGGGACCUGAGACAGAGGAGGUGACGGUGAGAGAGAAAGGAGAGUGUGAGAUCACCCCGUCUACCGAUGUCCGAUACCCGCCAGGCUCCACCAACACCCUGAACAACCAGUGGCUUCUCAUAGUAACUACCCGCCAGGCUCACCAACACACUGAACAACCCGUAGGGUUCACUACCCCCCAGGCUCCACCAACACACCUGACAACCAGUAGGGUACUACCCACCAUCUCCCCCAACACAACUGAACAAGAAGCCAGUAGGUAACUACCCGCCAGCUCCACCAACACACUGACAACCAGUAGGUAACUACCCACCAGGCCCACCAACACACUGACCACCAUAGUAACUAACCACCGUCUCCACCAACACACUAACAACCAGUAGGUAAUACGACCAGUCUCCACCAACGGCACGGAACAACCAGUAGGUAACUACCCGCCUGCUGCAACCAACACACUGCACUGAAAACAACCAUCGGUAACUACCCGCCAGGUGCUGCCCAACACACUGAACAACCAGAGGUACUACCACCACCCAGGCUCACCAACACCUAAACAACCAGUGGCUUCUCAUAGGUCCUACCCGCCAGGCUCCACCAAGCACACUGCACAAAACCAGUAGGUAACUACCCGCCAGGCUCCACAACACACACAUUACACCGAACAACCAGUAGUAACUACCCGCCAGCUCCACCAACACACAAAACAAACAGUAGGUAACUACCCACCACCGCCAGGCUCCACCAACGACACUGAACACCAUGGCUUCUCAUAGUUGAACUACCCGCCAGCCUCCAUCACCCACACCUGAACAACCAGUAGGUAACUAUCCCGCCAGGCUCCACCACACACUGAACAACAGUAGGUAACUCCCCGCCAGGCUCCCAACACAACACUACACACCAGUAUGUAAUACACCCCCGCCAGGCUCGCCACCACACACUAACAACCAUAGGUAACUACCCGCCCGGCUCCACCAACACACGGACAACCAGGGGGUAACUACCCACCGGCUCCACCCACACACUGAACACCUAGUUAACUACCCACCGGCUCCACCACCAACCCACUGAACAACCAGUAGUACCCUCGCCACCAGGCUGCCCAACACACUGAACAACCAUAGGUAACUAACCUCCACCAGCGCCACAACACAGGACAACAGUAGGGUAACUCCCCCCCAGCUGCAACCAACACACUGAACAACCAUGUAUGUAACUACCCCCACCAGCGCCACCAACAACACUGGAACACCAGUAGGUAACGCCCCCCAGGCUCUCCCCAACACAACGGAACAACCAGUGUACGACCCGCCAGCUCCACCAACACACUUGAACCACCAUCGUUACUCCACCCGCAGCUCCACCAACCACGAACAACCAUUAGGUCUAACACUACCCACCAGCUCCACCAAAAACUGACAACCAUAGGUACUACCGAACACCCCCCAUGCUCCACCACCACUGACAACAGUAGGUAACUACCCCCAGGCUCCACCACAACUGAACAACCAGUUAGGUAACUACCCACCAGGCGCCCCCAACACACUGAACAACCAUUAGUAACUACCCGCCAGGCUCACAACACACUAAUAAACAACCAUGCUUCUCAUAGGUACUACCCUCCAGGCUCCCACCAACACACUGAACAACCAUAGGUAACUACCCACCAUGCUCCACCAACACCCUGACAACCAGUAGGUAACUACCCGCCAGGCUCCACCACAACUGAACAACCAUAUGGUAACUACCCGCCAGCUCCACCACCACUGAACAACUAGUAGUCACUACCCGCCAGGCUGCACCAACACCUACUGAACAAACCAUCGGUAACUACCGCACCAGCUCCACCAACACACUGACAACCAUAGGUUGAACAACCAGUAGGUCACGAUCCCGCCAUGCUCCACCGAAACACACUGAACAACGGUAGGUAAACUACCGCGCCAGGCUCCACCAACACACUGAACAACCAUUAGGUAACUACCCGCAUCUCCACCAACACACUGAACAACCAGUAGGGUAACUACCCACCAGCUUCCACCAACACACUGAACAACCAGUGCUUCUCUAGUAACUACCCGCCAAGGCCUCCCCAACAACACUGAACAAAACCAGUAGGGGGUAAUACCCACCAGCUCCACCAACACCUGAACCACCGUAGGUACUACCCGCCAGGCCUCCCCCAACACACUGAACACCAGUAGGUAACUACCCACCAGGCUCCACCAACACACUAACAACAGUAAGGGUAACACCCCCAGUCUCCACCAAACAUCUGAACAACCGUAGUAUAACUACCGCCCCAGGCCUCCACCAACACACUGAACAACAGUAGGUAACUACCCGCCAGGCUCCCCAACACACUGACAACAGUAGUAACGUCCCACCCUCCAGCUUCCACCACUCACCUGAACAACAGUAGGUAACUCCCACAGGUGUCACCAACACACUGAACAACAACCAUGGUAGUAGGUAACUACCCGCCAGGCUCCACCAACUCACUGAACAACCAGUAGGUAACUACCACCACGGCUCCACCAACACAGCUGACAACCAGUAGGUAACUACCCGCCAUGCUCCAACCAACACAGCUGAACAACCAGUAGUAACUCCCACCAGGCUUCCACAAACACUGAACAACCAUAGGUAACUACCCACCAGGCUUCCACAACAACUGAACACCAGUAGGUAACUACCCGCCAGCUCCACCAACACCCCUGAACAACAUGGGCUCUCAUAGGUAACGUACCCGGCCAUCUCCACCAACCACACUGAACACCAGUAGGUAACUAACCACCAGCUCCACCAACAACACCUGAACACCAGUAGGUAACUACCCGCCAGCUCCACCACACACAUCUGACAACCUAGGUAACUCCCGCCAGGCUCCACCAACUACACACACUGAAAACAACCAUAUGUAACUACCCGCCAGGCUCCAACCUAACCAACUGAAUCAACCUUAGGUUAACUAACCCCCCAGCUCCACCAAACACUGAACAACCAUGGCUUUCUCAUAGUGCUACCCGCCAGGCUCCCCAACACAACUGAACAACCAUGGUAACUACCCUACCCGCCUGCUGCACCAACACACUGAACAACCUAGGUAACUACCACCCCGUCUCCCCCAGACACACUGAACAACCAGUAGGUACUACCCGCCAUGCUCCACCCCACACACUGAACAACAGUAGGUCACUAACCCGCCAGGCUGCCACCAACCACUGACAACCAGUGGCUGCUCAUAGUAACUACCCGCCAGGCCUCUCCACCACAUCAAACUGAACACCAGUAGUUAACUACCCGCCCGGCCGCACCAACACCCUGAACAAACCAGUAGGUAACUACCUACCCCCUCCAGCUCCACCAACACACCUGAAACCACCAGUAGGGUACUACCCACCACUCCACCAACACCCUGAACAACAGUGGCAACGCAGUAGGUAACUACCCGCCAUGCUCCAACCAACACACUGAACAACCAGUGGUACUACCCCCUCCAGGCUCCACCAACACACUGAACAAACACAGUAGGUAACUACACCCCCGCCAGGCUCCACCACAGCACUGAGACAAACCGUGGUAACUACCCUCCAGCUCCACCAACCACUGAAACAACCAGUAGUAACUCCCACCAGGCUCCACCAACCCACUGAACAACCAUAGGUAACUACCCCCCUCCAGGCUCCACCCAACACACUGACACCAGUAGGUUGAACACCCCCCAUGCUCCACCAACAACACUGAACAACCAGGGCUUUCUCAUAGUAAUACCCGCCAGGCUCCACCAACACACUGAACAACAUCGGUAACUACCCACCAGGCUCCACCAACACCGAACACCAGUAGGUAACUACCGCCAUGCCCACCACACACUGAAUCAACCAGUAGUUACUACCCGCCAGGCUCCACCAACACACUGAACCACCAGUAGUACUACCCGCCAGGCUCCACCACCACACUGAACAACCAGGAGUAACUACCCCCAGGCUCCACCAACACAACUAAACCACCAGUAGGUACUACCCGCCAGGCUCCACCAACCCACUGAACACCCAGUAGGUAACUACCCACCAGGCUCCACCAACACACUGCACAACCAGUAAGGUUAACCUACCCCCAGGCUCCACCGACACAACUGAACAACAUAGGUAUACCCCUAACCCCGCCGAGGCUCCACCCAACAACUGAACAACCAGUAGGUGAACUACCCGCAGGCUCCACAACACAACUGAACAACCAGUCAGGUCCAGCUACCCGCCAGGCUCCCCAACCACUUGAACAACCAGUUGCUGCUCAUAGGUAACUACCCACCAUGCUCCACCACACCUGACACCAGUUAGUGAAUAACUACCCCCCAGCUCCCACCAACCACUGAAACACAGUAAGGUAACUCCGCUAACGUCUAAACCACACGGAGACAGCAUACGCCAACCCAGCGGAGACAGCAGACGCCAACACACAGAGACACAGACUCCAACCACACGAGACAGCAGGACGCAACGCACACAGAGACAUCAGACGCCAACCACACAGAGACAGCAAUACGCCAAACCACAACAGAGACAGCAAUACGUCCAACCACACAGAGACAGCAGACCCCAACCACAACAGAGAGACAGCAGAAACGCCAACCACAGAGACAGCAGAGACUCCAACCACAAGAGACAGCAAACCACAACAGAAGACAGCAGACUGCCAACCACACAGAGACAUCAGACGCUAACCACACAGAUACAUCAGACCGCUUAACACACAGAGACAGCAGCCGCCAACCACAGGCCAUCGACAUACAGGACUCCAACCACACAGAGACAAGCAUACCCCAACCACGAACAGAUACAGCAGAUACGCCAACUCACAGAGACAUCAUACGCCAACGCACCACACAAUACAGCACCGCAUCGGAGGACAGGUACGCCGAAGCCACCGAGAGGAGCAGGUAUGAUCAAGCAGGAAAACUGGUCCGAUGCGGCGAAACAACGACGACAGCGAGGAUUAGAGAGCAAACAAGCCCAACCCCAACAACAGACUAGUGGGUGUGGGGGCCACGAAGCAGUGUAAUUAGUAGGCCACGUCUAAGGCAGGUAAACAAAGUCGAGGAGGAUGUGAGACAGUAGAAGCCCUGACACUUUUCAUCUACAACCAACACUCCUGGGUUGCUCUUCUCCUGAAGAAAGAUAGUAUCUUCCAAAGCAGGACUAUCAGUCUGUGUGGCUCCAACAGUAUGGUAAUCAUACUGAGACCACUGUUAGCCACGAUGAUCAACAGAGUAUGCAUCGGGGUAUCUUACGAAAAUCAUAUGACGCUAUAGAAUGUAUCAUCAUAUGCAGCAUCAACGGAGCACUUACUGUGUGAGCUGAGCGUCUGCAUAGUGACCACGCUUAAACCUGUCACUACUGUGUGAUCAUGCGGUGACCUGUCUCUGUCAGAUCGUCUGAUAGUGAUUACAAGCGUCUACACAUUCAAGAGACAGUCCUUCUCUUUGUGAUGUUCGAGAGACGCUCAAACGCUUUCUACGGAGGAAGCCCGAACCAUGUGACACACUGUCCUACGGCUAGACAUGCAUGUGGAGGGUAUCAGAGCGAACAGUCAAAGCAGUCACCAUGUGCAGACUAGCUAUUAGAGAAACAUCAACAUAAUGCUGCCACCACUAACAACCGAGAAAAGACGAGUCUACUCGUGUGUUUGGUGAGCGGUACCUUCUGUCUCUGUGUGUUUGGCACAGACAGAGACAAGUAGGAACAAAUCAGACUCCAACCCCACGGACAUACAGACGCCAACCACACAGAGAACAGCAACACUAACCCCCCGAGCGCAAAUGACUCUCCCAAACCCCACAGAGCAGCAGACCUCUACCCAACCACACGAUACAAAAGCUAGGACGCCACCCACACGGAUACAGCAGACUCCAACCCACGUAGACAUAGCAGACUCCAAACCACCCCAAAACAGAGACCGCAUACUGCCAAACACACCUAGACAUGCAUACUCCACCACACAUGAGACAAGCAGCAUCGCCGCACAAACCACAGGCAAUCGGAUACAGCAUACGCCAACCACACGGGGGGAGACAUCAAGCCAACACACAAAGAUAACAGCAACACCAACCCCCCAUGAGACAGCAGACACACAAUGUUCAUUCAUACGUCCUCAUAUUCAUGUCAUCUCCGUGUGUGUGUGUGUGUGGUGUGUGUGUGUGGUGUGUGUCGUCUGUGUGUGUCAUCAGGACAUCAUGAGUUACCCCCGGUAGCCCACACCCACCAUGUUUGAGAGACUUCCCGGUUAAACCUGCAGCGUUCCGGUGAUGCCGUUAUCCCGACCCGGUCUCAGAACCACCGCUAUACAGACCAUCCUGUGAGUUACAACCCCUUUUACUGCUGAUCUCUAACCUCUGACCCUCUAUCUAACCUUAACCCCAACUCACAUACAGAUCAUCCUGGGAGUAUCAGAAUCCCCGGAGAAAUCAAGCUUGGUUUUAACUUGGAGAAAAUAGUAGGAAAUACGAACUGUCAACUCAACUCUGGACUGAGCGCAGUUCUACUGUUCCCCUUCUAAUCAGGGCCUGAUUUAGACCUGGACCAGUUCUACUGGUCCCUUCUGAUCAGGGGCCUGAUUUAGACCUGGACCUGGAGCCAGUUCUACUGUUCCCUUCUAAUCAGGGCCUGAUUUAGACCUGGACCUGGAGCCAGUUCUACUGUUCCUCUCUAAUCAGGGCCUGAUUUAGACCUGGACCUGGAGCCAGUUCUACUGUUCCCUUCUAAUCAGGGCCUGAUUUAGACCUGGACCUGGAGACAGUUCUACUGUUCCCUUCUAAUCAGGCCUGAUUUAGACCUGGACCUGGAGCCAGUUCUACUGUUCCCUUCUGAUCAGGCCUGAUUUAGACCUGGUCCUGGAGCCAGUUUCUACUGUUCCUCUCUAAUCAGGGCCGUUAUUUAGACCUGGACCUGGUGAGCCAGUGGCUACUGUUCCCUUCUAAUCAGGGCCUGAUUUAGACCUGGUCCUGGAGCCAGUUCUACUGUUCCUCUCUAAUCAGGGCCUGAUGUUAGACCUGACCUGGAGCCAGUUCUACUGUCCCCUCUAAUCAUGUCCUAUUUAGACCUGGCACCCUGGAGCCAUUCUACUGUGUACCCCCUCUACUCAGCCGGAGUUUAUACCUGGAACUCUGUGAGGAAAGUUCGACUUGUUCCCUUCUAAUCAGGGCCUUAUUUCAGACCUGGCCCUGGAGCCAGUUCUACUGUUCCUCUCUAAUCAGGGCUGAUUUAGACCUGGACUCUGGAGCCAUUCUACUGUUCCUCUCUAAUCAGGGCUGAUUUAGACCUGUACCUGGACCAGUUCUACGGUCCUUCUAAUCAGGCCUUAUAGACCUGGACCGGACCAGUUCUAUCUGUUCCCCUCAAUCAGGGGGCUGAUUUGACCUGUGGAGCCAGUUUCUACUGUUCCUCUCUAAUCAAGGCCUGAUUUAGACCUGGACCUGGAGCCAGUUCUACUGUUCCCCUCUAAUCAGGGCCUGAUUUAGACCAGGACCUGGAGCCAGUUCUACUGUUCCUCUCUAAUCAGGGCCUGAUUUAGACCUGGACCCAGUUCUGCUGUUCCUCUCUAAUCAGGGCCUGAUUUAGACCUGGACCUGGAGCCAGUUCUACUGUUCCUCUCUAAUCAGGGCCUGAUUUAGACCUGGACCUGGAGCCAGUUCUACUGUUCCUCUCUAAUCAGGGCCUGAUUUAGACCUGGACCUGGAGCCAGUUCUACUGUUCCUCUCUAAUCAGUGCCUGAUUUAGACCUGGACCCAGUUCUGCUGUUCCUCUCUAAUCAGGGCCUGAUUUAGACCUGGACCUGGAGCCAGUUCUACUGUUCCCCUCUAAUCAGGGGCUGAUUUAGACCUGGGAGACCAGGCGUGUGCAAUUAAUUAUCCGGUAGAACAGAAAACCAGCAGGCUCUGGACGUCGUAGGUUGAAUACCUCUGGAAUAUAACUUUAUAAUCCACCCAGACAUGCAUUCAUCUUUAGCUCACAACGCUUUUGCAUUUCAUCCCCCCUCUCCUCCUCUUAACCCCCUCCCCUCCUCUCCUCUUUAGUUCCAGUCAGUAGGUCAUGGUGGUGGGGGCCGUGGAGGUGGAGGGGGUCGUGGUUUGGGUCCUAGCGGCAGCAGAAGGAUCCUAGCAGGCUCAGGAUCAAAGUCAGGGUUGUCCUCUGUCCUGCCUGACUAUAUAUACCAGGACCCUGUUACCGUG